GCUACCGCCCAGUAGCUGUGCUGAAAAAGUAGUUACGUCUGUGGUUUUAUUGUCGCUGCAACCCUUGAUUUAUGUGUGCUCUGUGUUGAAGCGUGUGGUGUGUAUGUGUGUGUGUGUGUGUGUGUAGGAAUUGUAGCUGCUGUGGGGAGAGGUGACCAGUUACUAAUCGUGAGGUUUUACUCAUUGCAUUACAUUCAAAGGAAUAAUGUUUCCAACAUGUCUGUGCAGUCGCUGCUUUGUGAAAGAAUUGCUGUUGCUAAAGACUUGAUUCAGAGAGUGGAAGCCCUUUCCUCGUCCCAGAAGAGGAGAAUAGAAGGUGGGGCAAAGCUAUGUAGCAAACUGAAGGCAGAGCUAAAUUUCUUACACAAGGUGGAGGCAGGGAAAGUGGCCAUUAAAGAAUCCCAUCUGCAGAGUACAAACCUUACCCACCUCCAAGCCAUUAUUCAGUCAGCAGAGAACCUGGAGGAUGUUGUCAGUGUCCUCCAUGUCUUUGCUUAUGAGGACCGGUUUGGAGACAAACAGACGCUGGUGGUAGAUGUCGUUGCAAACGGAGGUCACACGUGGGUGAAGGCCAUCGGUCGUAAAGCUGAGGCUUUGCAUAACAUCUGGCUGGGAAGGGGCCAGUAUGGUGACAAAAGUGUCAUUGAGCAGGCAGAGGACUUCCUGCAAGCAAGCCGUCAGCAGCCCGUGGAGUACAGCAAUCCCCACAUCAUCUUUGCAUUCUACAACAGCGUGUCCAGUCCUAUGGCAGAGAGGCUCAAGGAGAUGGGAAUAUCUGUGAGAGGAGAUGUUGUUGCUGUGAACUCACUGGAAGAACCAUCUGCAGAAAACGAGCACCUUGACACCAGUGAAUCAGAUGAAGAAGACCCUGAACUCCUGCAGGUGACCAGAGUAGACCGGGAGAAUUUAGUGGCCAGCAUUGCUUUCCCUACCCAGAUCAAAGUAAAUGUCUGCAAUAGAGUUAAUUUGGACAUCACUACAUUAAUAACCUACGUCUCUGCGCUGAGCUAUGGUGGCUGCUACUUUGUCUUCAAAGAAAAAGUGCUGACAGAGCAAGCAGCCCAAGAAAGACGGGAGAGAGUCCUGCCUCAGCUGAAGGAGUUCAUGGAAGGAAAAGAACUCUUUGCCUGCGAAUCUGCUGUCAGAGAUUUCCAGUCCAUCUUGGAAACACUGGGAGGACCUGGAGAGAAAGAGAGGGCUGCAUUGCUUGUGAAAAGAAUUAAUGUGGUGCCAGAUCAGCCCUCGGACCGUGCCUUAGGACUCGUGGCUAGUUCAAAAAUCAACAGCCGCUCUUUAGCCAUCUUUGGGACAGGAGACACUUUGAAAGCCAUCACCAUGACUGCAAAUAGUGGGUUUGUGAGGGCAGCAGCUAACCAAGGUGUCAGGUUCAGUGUUUUCAUCCAUCAGCCACGAGCAUUGACAGAAAGCAAAGAAUCUUUAGCCACUCCUCUACCAAAGCACUGCCCAUCUGAUAAUGGAGUGUAAUUCAUUAAAUGAGUUAGUAAUGGAAAAUACUGCAGCUACUGCAGUGGAGGCAUUUGGAGGCACAGAAGAGUCAUAGCAAUAGUUUUGGGUGUGUAUCAAUGGUGACAGCAACUAGCAGUGGAAGAGCUCCUCAAGGGAUGUGUAAUAUCCUCACUCCUUCCUUGAGGUUAUUUUUUGUCCAGCUGACCAUUAAUUUAUUCACUAAAGUAAUAACAAGUCAAUGAAAAUUUUUAACUGGCUUACAAUGUAUUAAUUAUAUCCAUCCCCAUUAAAAAGUUCAGUUACAGC